UUAUAUCCUGUUUGUGCCACAGUGGAACGCUCCCUGAGAUUUUAUAUCAUGGUGUCUUCUGGAGUCCCAAACAUCCCAGAUUAUAUGGCCAUGGCAGACAUUGAGGAAGUGAUUAUUGGUUACUACGAUAGCAGCUUGGAAACAGCUGAACCCAGGCAAGACUGGGUAAGACAAUUUCUGAAAGAAGAAGCACAACUCUGGGCAGCAAUGGAUAAGGACUGCAGGGAAUAUCAGCAGCUCCUCAAACCUCAAUCUGACAGAUUCAGACAGCACCUAAACCAAACUGGAGGUGUUCAUAUUACCCAGCAGAUUGCAGGUUGUGGAUGGGAUGAUGAAACUGAGAAGGUCAAUGGGUAUAACCUUUUUGGUUAUAAUGGAGAGAACUUCCUCACGUUUGACUUGGAGACAGAGAUAUGGAUCGCUGAGAUCCCGCAGGCUGAAACUGAUAAACAUGAGCAGGAUGGAAAUAAAGUUUCUAAUGACUUUUGGAAGACCUUCCUCACCAUCCAUUGUGUCUCUUGGCUGAAGUUAUUUUUGAACUACGGAAAGAGUUUUCUUCUAAGAACAGACCUCCCCUCAGUGUCUCUCCUCCAGAAGUCUCCCUCCUCUCCAGUCAGCUGCCACGCUACAGGUUUCUACCCCAACAGAGCCGUGAUGUUCUGGAGGAAAGACGGAGAGGAGAUUCAUGAGGACGUGGACCUCGGACAGAUCCUCCCCAACCACGAUGGAUCCUUCCAGAUGAGCGUUGACCUGAAUGUUUCUUCAGUCACACCUGAAGACUGGAGGAGGUACGACUGUGUGUUUCAUCUCUCUGGUGUGAAAGAUGACAUCGUCACUAAACUGGACAAAGCGUUGAUCAGGACCAACUGGGCCAAAAUGGCAUUUACAAAAGACAAAG